UAUUUAGCUGGAAAAAUGAAAAGGAGAUUUAAAGAGAAGCAAAUUGAGAUUGCAAAAAUGGCUCCUUGCGAUGGAGGAAGCAGCAAAAAAAUUACACCGAUCUUAUUACUCUUGUUUUCUCUACUGUCAAUGCCUUCAAUUUCUGUUGCUUACAGACCUGGAGACAUCGUUCCCAUGAGUAAAAUGGGUCAAUACCACUCGUCGAGAACUCUUUGGCAAGAUAUCAUCGGUAAACAUUGCCCUAUUUUUGCAGUUAAUCGCGAGGUUUUGAUUCCUAUACAAAAGCCAACUGGCUUCACUGGUGCUGAUCCAUACAAAAUAUCGCUUCAAGUUGGAAGAGAAAAGUUUUUAGUUCCGUGGCUUUUUCUGUUAAAUCGGAAAAGCUCUGAGGUUCCGAUGAUUGAUAUGCAUUUGCGGUACUCAGUAGGUGAUCUACAUGGAGUCACAGCCAAAAUUGUUGAUAUGCCUCACCACUAUGUAGAAAUCCAUCCGAAUAUUCGUAAACAAUUCUGGGACCCUCAACAUUGGCCUAAACAUGUUCUUGUAAGAUACACAUGGGAGGAACAAUCAGAGAUAGAUGUGACUUCUGGAUUCUAUGUCUUGUUUGGAUCAGGGUUGAUGCUGUCGUUUAUUCUCUCUAUCUACAUCUUGCAGUCAUCAAGGGACAAAUUAGCAAGGUUUGUGAGGGAGACUGUUGCAGAAAGCAAUGUUCCUGUCGGAGGAGUGGCAAAAGUUGAAUGAGGAACCUCCAAAAAGUUUCAAUACGAUGCGUGCACACACUUCAGGUUCUAGUUCUACACUUACAGGGUUUCAUUAAUUCAACCGUUAUCCCUUGAGAUCUGAAUAUUUAUACAGAAAAUUCAAGUCCAAUGGGUUUACGGAAACUUACCGAGAAUUUGAGAAAAGAAAACUUAGGCUAUUAACAGAGCAGUUGGUAACUGUAAAAGAGUAUAUGUUGGGUAUGUGGCCUGUGGAUGUAUUUGUGUUAGGCUGUUAGCUAUAAAAUUGAAACCUUAACACUAUUUUCUAGUCUGGUAUCAGUUUAUCGCUUUCAUCUCACAAAAUAUUUAGUCAUAACAUUUUAUUGUUAUAACUAUGAAGAAUCUAAACCAAUAGAUAAUGCCAUUUUUCCCUGAAAUUUUUGAUAA